AUGCCAUAUGCAAAUCAGCCUAUUGUGUGUAUAACUCAGUUAACAGAUGAAAACAUCAAGUUUGUUUUAGAGGACACUGAUCUCAGUUCUGCCAAUGCACUGCGUAGAGUAUGUAUUGCUGAAGUACCAACAAUUGCCAUUGAUUGGGUGCAAAUUGAAUAUAAUUCAUCUGUUUUGUUUGAUGAGUUCAUUUCACACAGAGUGGGUUUGAUUCCACUGACCAGUGAUGAAGUGGUUGACAAAAUGGUUUAUUCAAGGGACUGUGCUUGUGAAGAUUUCUGUCCGGAUUGUUCUGUAGAGUUUACAUUGGAUGUAAAAUGUCAAGAUGAUCAGACAAGGCAUGUAACCACAGCUGAUUUGAUAAGUACUAAUCAAAAAGUUAUUCCUGUAACAUCUCGCCAUCGAGAAGAAGCCAGUGAAUAUGAAGAAACAGAUGAUAUUCUGAUUGUAAAACUUCGCAAAGGACAAGAACUGAAAUUACGGGCAUUUGCCCGAAAAGAAUGGCCUAAAAGUGAAUAUUCCGAGUUGGAAGGUGAAGACCAGACUCAAGGAUCAUUUGACCCGAGUGGUAAACCAAACAAAUAUUUUUACAAUGUGGAAUCUUGUGGUUCUUUGCGGCCAGAGAAUAUUGUUUUUUCUGCAUUGUCCAUUCUUAAAAAGAAACUGAGUGACUUGCAGACACAACUUUGCCAAGAAAUCAGAAAUGAUGUCCUUACAGUUUAA